CGUCAACCUUGUCUUUCCUUCUCGUUCACAUUGUGCCGGGGUGUGUAGUUCUUGCUAGAAAAAAUAAGAUUUUUAUAUUAAAAUGGCAGUAGGAGACGUUAAAACCGCCCAAGGCCUCAACGAACUGAACACGUUCUUGGCUGAUAAAAGUUAUGUGUCUGGUUUCACACCGUCCCAAGCCGAUGUUCAAGUGUUCGAACAAGUCGGCAAGGCUCCUGCCGCCAACUUAGCCCAUGCUCUGAGGUGGUACAACCAGAUAGCGUCUUACACACCCGCCGAGCGCAAGGGUUGGGAGGCCGGCGCUAGUCCCCUGACCGCUGGCGGCAAGACCACCACGGCACCCGCACCCGCCGCUAAGGACGACGAUGAUGAUGACGACGUCGACCUAUUCGGAUCUGGUGAUGAGGAAGAAGAUGCUGAAGCAGCCAGAAUCCGUGAGGAACGUCUCAAGGCCUACUCAGACAAAAAAUCAAAGAAACCUGCCCUUAUUGCCAAGUCAUCUAUACUCCUGGAUGUUAAGCCCUGGGAUGAUGAAACUGACAUGAAGGAAAUGGAGAAACAUGUCCGAUCCAUUGAAAUGGAUGGUCUCCUUUGGGGUGCCUCCAAACUUGUACCUGUUGGCUAUGGUAUCAACAAACUGCAAAUCAUGUGUGUCAUUGAAGACGACAAAGUAUCAGUCGACCUUUUGACAGAGACAAUCCAAGAGUUUGAAGACUUUGUCCAGUCUGUUGACAUCGCUGCCUUCAACAAAAUCUAAGAUGAUGAGCCAUUCUAAUAUUUAAGUUUAAUUUUGAAUAAAAUCGCAUUUUUUCCACA